AUGGAAUUUUAUGGCAUUGUUUAUUUUGCAGGUGCAGGGGCUAACUCUGGCAUUUCAGCCAUCUUCCCAAGUACCUCUGGCACAAGCACUUUCUCACCCUACCAGCAUGCUCACAAAGCAGAUCUUUCAGGACAAGGUCACCUGGCUACAGCUCUUAUCAUUGCCAUGUCUACCAUCUUCAUCAUGGCUAUUGCCAUUGUCCUCAUCAUCAUGUUUUACAUCGUGAAAACCAAACCUUCUGCUCAAGCCUGUUGCAAGAGCCACUCAGUGAAAAAUGUGGAAGCUCAGGCUAACACACAGGAAGAGAAGAAAGAAGUACAAGAUAAUGUUGUAAUAUUCUCUGAGAAAGAAGAGUUUGAGAAACUUACAGCAACUCCGGCUAAGGCUGUCAAAAGUGAGAAUGAUGCGUCGUCGGAGAACGAAAGACUUCUGAGCCGCAGCAUGGACAGCGACGAAGAAGCUGCUGUUGACAAGCAAGGAACUCCAGAGAGAUGCUUGUUAUCUUUAGUGCACUUGGCCAGAGAUAAAUCUUCUACAAGCAAUAAAUCAACUGGGAUUCAAAGUCGAAGGAAAAAGAUACUUGACGUGUACGCGAACGUCUGCGACGUUGCAGAAGGUCUGAGCCCUACGGAGCUGCCGUUUGACUGCCUGGAGAAGACCAGCAGGAUGCUCAGCUCCACCUACAACACAGAGAAAGCCAUAGUGAAGACAUGGCGCCACCUUGCCGAGAGCUUUGGACUGAAGAGGGAUGAGAUAGGUGGGAUGACAGAUGGAAUGCAGCUGUUUGACCGCAUCAGCACAGCAGGUUACAGCAUCCCAGAACUGCUGACCAAACUGGUGCAAAUCGAGCGACUGGAUGCUGUGGAAUCCUUGUGUGCAGAUAUUCUGGAGUGGGCACAAGCCAUGCCAGCUCCUGAACCAGCAGGGACAUCCUGA